AUGAAUUUUGACGACUAUGAGAUGCUGCCGACGACGAGUGCCGCGACCAAUAUGACAGCGGGCGCGAUUGCCGGGGUCCUGGAGCAUUGUGUAAUGUACCCGCUGGAUUCUGUGAAGACCAGGAUGCAAAGUUUAUCACCACGGACAUCAGGCUACGGUAUUUCCUAUACACUUAGGAAUAUGAUAAAGACAGAGGGCCUAUUAAGACCUAUACGUGGUGUAUCGGCUGUUAUUGCGGGAGCUGGACCAGCACAUGCUUUAUAUUUUGGAGCAUAUGAAUUCACAAAGGAAUCCUUGGCAAAAUUUACAAAACACAAUCAAAUCAAUUACAUUGUGUCAGCAGUUGCUGCUACUCUCAUACACGAUGCCAUAUCGAAUCCAGCUGAAGUGAUAAAACAGCGAUUGCAGAUGUACAACUCAUCAUAUAGGUCAGUUUUACAAUGUACACGAGGAAUCUAUAGGAAUGAAGGCUUUGCGGCUUUCUAUCGCUCAUACUCUACACAGUUGAUCAUGAAUCUGCCGUACCAGGCAAUUCACUUUACAACCUAUGAAUUUUUCCAAAAUAUGUUGAAUAAAGAAAGGAAAUAUGACCCACUGGUGCAUAUGAUGGCUGGUGCUGCAGCGGGCGCGACUGCUUCUGCAUUCACUACACCACUGGAUGUGGUGAAAACAUUGCUAAAUACUCAGGAAACAGGUUUUACACGGGGCAUGUCGGAAGCAAUAAGACAGAUUUACAGGAUGGCUGGACCAUUAGGAUUCUUCAAAGGCUUAGGUGCUCGGGUACUAUAUGCAAUGCCUGCAACAGCGAUUUGCUGGUCAACCUACGAAUUCUUCAAAUUCACACUUUGCGGUAGGAGUAACGAAGAUUAUAAAUCUUCAAUAUCCGGGAUAAGCUCAUUACAGCCCAAAGACACCAAGUCAGCAUUAUCCGUGGAGAAAUUGCGUAGCGAUGAUAUGAUUAACAAUAAUAGAAUAAGUGGUGUAAGAUACGUUUUGCCAGCAAGCAACCUAAAAGCAGCCGAAACUCAAGCAGAGAUCCCCAGUGGUGUGCGGGAAGCAGCCCCCAUCAAAGCUGUCUGUGAACUCAGUGCAGUGUCGGGAAUCAAUGCAUUAAAUUUAAAUACAGUGCACAACGAUGUUAAGCGAAAUUACGAUCGAGGUUUUAGUAGUCCCUAAAAGCAUUGAAUUGUAUAUUUAUAUGCAUUCAGUGUAAUGCAAUGUGGAUUUGAACAAUAUUUCUUUUAUCAACUGUAUUUUGAGUGCAUGUUGGAUAUUCAUGUGAUGGACAGAGGUCACACUUUGACGAAUUCAAUGCCAACUCGGUGAAGUUUCAACAAAAUCGCUGUAUUUACAAAUAUUUAAACUUUUCGUUUUAACGAAUUAGAAAUUAGGAUAGCCAAAGUCGUAGAAUCCAUCCUUUGCAAAAUUAAAAUGAUGUCUUGAAUAUCAACAGAACAUUUUUAAGUUAUUUCGACCUAAUUGAAAAGUCCUUGAAUCAAAUAAGCCAGCAUUGAACUUCCAAUUUUGUGCCCACGUAAUGAAUGAAUGUGAUAAUGAGGGAGAAACACAAUAAAAGAUCUUGUCAAGCUGAGCUUGGACAAGCACAAAAAUAUCUUCUUGCACGUAACUAUUGGAUACUGCCCAUUCUCAGUACUUUUGAUUACGCCGUUGACUAAGCGAUUCUUUGAUUUAUUGAUCGUCAAACGAAUUGAAUUCUGUGUAUGGAUACAUUUUGCACACGAUCGCAUUGACGGUAACAUUCUUUCCUUCCACUUCACACUCGUACAUGUAUCAGUCAAAGGAUAUUUGUCCAAAUCCAUAAAUUGUUGUAUUUUAUCGAGAGAAGAGAACAUUUUGAGGAAAAUUGAAAGAAGCAAAAAUGUUUAGUUAUUCGUUUAACAAUGUUGUUAUAUUAUAUGUUAGUUGUACUAUGAUAAUAAAAAAUCAACCAAGUGUUAUUUUCUGUAGAGAUUUUAUUACUUCCUUUUAUGAUUUUAUUUUCAUAUGAAAAGAAAAAAGUGAAAAGGAUGCGUUGGGAGAGAUGAGGAGGCAUCCGAAAUCAAGUCAUUAGAGAAAGCCUACUGGACAGGUGAAAUAAUUAUAUGAUACUAUAUAUAUUUUUACACAAGAAAAUGAAAGAAGAACUUUUAAAUUGUAUUAAAGAAGGAAUAUAAACAAGAACAAGAUCACAUAAAUAGAUUUAAUCAAGUGAA